AGCUCGGCGGUGGAUGCGCCAGGCUCCUGAAGCGCUGCUGCCAUCUCGCCGUGGGGACGGCUGACCGCGGACCGAGGCGAUUGCGAAGUGGGGUCGCGUCAGCCUGGCUCAGCCUCCACGAGGUUCCACUCACUGGUGCAGGAUAACAUGCUCUCUGACCUACCUUUAUACAGCAUCUAAAAUCCUGGAAAGUACUCUCUACUUUUGCAACAUGAGGAAGUGUAUUUCAAGAAUCUUUCAAAACAGAAGCAAAAAGAAGUCAUGGAGAAGAAUGGAAACAACCACAAACUUCGUGUUUGUGUUGCUACUUGCAAUCGUGCUGAUUAUUCAAAAUUAGCUCCCAUUAUGUUUGGUAUUAAGGCAGAACCACAGUUCUUUGAGCUUGAUGUCAUAGUGCUUGGUUCCCACCUGAUUGAUGAUUAUGGUAAUACCUAUCGUAUGAUCGAACAAGAUGACUUUGAUAUUCAUACAAGAUUGCACACCAUUGUGAGAGGGGAGGAUGAGGCAGCUAUGGUGGAAUCAGUGGGCCUUGCAUUAGUCAAGUUACCGGAUGUCCUGAACCGCCUGAAACCUGACAUAAUGAUAGUUCACGGGGACAGAUUUGAUGCUUUGGCCCUGGCCACAUCUGCAGCCCUGAUGAAUAUUCGCAUUCUUCACAUUGAAGGUGGGGAAGUCAGUGGGACCAUUGAUGACUCUAUCAGACACGCUAUAACCAAACUGGCCCAUUACCACGUGUGCUGCACAAGGAGUGCAGAGCAGCAUUUGAUAGCCAUGUGUGAAGACCAUGACCGCAUCCUUUUAGCAGGCUGCCCCUCAUAUGACAAGCUUCUCUCUGCCAAAAAUAAGGACUACAUGAGUAUUAUAUGCAUGUGGCUAGGUGAAGAUGUCAAAACCAGAGAUUACAUAGUUGCUUUGCAACAUCCUGUAACUACAGAUAUUAAACAUUCCAUAAAGAUGUUUGAGCUGACACUAGAUGCACUCAUCUCAUUCAACAAAAGAACACUUGUUCUAUUCCCUAAUGUAGAUGCAGGAAGCAAAGAGAUGGUUCGGGUGAUGAGGAAGAAAGGCAUUGAACAUCAUCCCAACUUUCGGGCAGUAAAGCAUGUCCCAUUUGACCAGUUCAUUCAGCUAGUUGCUCAUGCCGGUUGCAUGAUUGGUAACAGCAGUUGUGGUGUUAGAGAGGUGGGCGCCUUUGGUACACCUGUCAUCAACUUGGGGACACGUCAGACAGGAAGAGAAACAGGUGAAAAUGUUCUUCAUGUUCGUGAUGCUGAUACACAGGAUAAGAUUCUGCAUGCUCUACAGCUGCAAUUUGGUAAACAGUACCCAUGCUCAAAAAUAUAUGGAGAUGGUAAUGCUGUUCCAAGGAUUUUGAAGUUCCUUAAAUCUAUUGACCUCAACGAACCAUUGCAAAAGAAAUUCUGUUUUCCUCCUGUCAAAGAUAAUAUCUCUCAAGAUAUUGACCAUAUUCUGGAGACGCAGAGUGCUCUAGCUGUGGAUCUAGGCGGAACAAAUCUCCGAGUAGCAAUUGUCAGUAUGAAGGGUGAAAUAGUUAAGAAGUAUACCCAGCUCAACCCUAAAACUUAUGAAGACAGACUAGAAUUAAUUCUAAAGAUGUGUGUAGAGGCUGCGUCAGAGGCACUAACUGUGAACUGCAGAAUUUUGGGAGUAGGUAUUUCCACAGGUGGACGCGUAAACCCCAGAGAAGGAAUUGUGCUUCACUCUACAAAACUUAUUCAGGAGUGGAGCUCUGUGGAUCUCAGAACCCCGAUAUCUGAUGCUCUGCACCUGCCGGUCUGGGUGGACAAUGAUGGAAACUGUGCUGCUCUAGCAGAGAGGAAAUUUGGUCACGGAAAAGGAAUAGAAAAUUUUGUAACACUCAUUACUGGUACAGGAAUUGGAGGUGGAAUCGUUCAUCAACACGAAUUGAUCCAUGGCAGUUCUUUCUGUGCUGCUGAGCUUGGGCAUAUUGUUGUAUCUUUAGAUGGACCAGAAUGCCUGUGUGGUAGCCAAGGAUGUAUAGAAGCAUAUGCCUCUGGAAUAGCAUUACAGAGAGAAGCAAAGAGAUUGCACGAUGAGGAUCUGCUUUUAGUAGAAGGAAUGUCAAUGAAGAAGGAGGAGGUUGUUAGUGCUGCACAUCUCAUUCAAGCAGCUAAACUUGGGAACACAAAAGCAGACAGCAUUCUCAGAACAGCUGGGACAGCAUUAGGCCUUGGAGUUGUGAACAUUCUGCACACCGUGAACCCCUCUCUUGUGAUCCUUUCUGGAGUUCUAGCUAGCCACUACGUUAAUGCUGUCAAAGAAGUCAUAAAUCGACAGGCUCUAUCCUCUGUUAAAACUGUGGAUGUGGUAGUCUCAAAUCUAGCAGAUCCUGCCCUUCUUGGAGCUGCUAGCCUGGUACUGGAUUACACUACACGUAGAAUAUACUAGGUACCUGGAAGAAUUCUAGAAAUGGACUAUUCAAAUUCCUAAUGGGUGGAGGGAUACUUUGUCCAAAAUUUGUCUUUGAUGAGGGCAGCUACUGAAUCAGAGUAGUGUUCUGAAUAGUUAAUGACUACUUCAGGGUUUUCUAAUUGAGGUAUUACCUUUUUGUAUUUUUCCUAAAUUUCAUCUGACUUCAUAGGAACAAAUGUGCAAUUGUUGUUUUUAAUCACCUCUGUUGGUAAGUCCAUAUGUUGUUUUAAGUGUAGCUGAAUUAUUUAUGAGCAUAUCUUGAUGUACGGUGAGGAAUAUGUGUAUGGUGUGUCAAAUUACAGCUAAAACUUGGGGAUCCAAAUCUCAUUUCCCACUUACGUGAAAUGAGAAGUCUACAAUGUGACCAGCUUUUUGUUUCCGAGCUUUCACCCACAAAGUAAAUUUGAGGUAAUCACUAAUAGUCAGUAGUAAUUUCAGUGGGUGGAACUGCUGGAAGUUGCCUCUACAAUCAAAAAGGCUGCAUGUAGAAAUUAUGGUGGAGGCAGUUAUUUAUUACAUCAUCUUUAGAGGGCAGAGUCCCUUUUUAGAAGCUUUGCAUAUGGAAGAAAAAGACCAUGGUUUAGUGUGCUUACAUCCUGCAGGGCAGUCUGAACAAACUGACAAGUGCAGCAGAGAGCAUCUUUGUCUUCUGACUAUGGCCAACAGUCACUUACUUGAAUUUUAUUGUUUGGGGUUUUCUCAAGGGACUUAGUCUACUACUUCAUCAGCCAAAUUAGCAGAGGGGAUUGUUUAUUCUUUGGUAGCCCAUUAGCUGAAAUUAAGCUAUGUGGCACAUCUGAUCAUAAAGACUCUACUUUUCAUGAAAACUCGCGCACUGCAGAGUGACACAGUGCAUCUUCUCAGCAGUUCUGGUGGCUGCAGGUAGACUGUUCUUGUCCUGCGUUGAGCAUCAGCUGGCAGGAUGGAAAGUCAAAUCACCUUUUAAGACAUUCAGAAGCCUGAGAAGCAAAGUAUACCAAAUACCAAUGAAUGCUUCCCUGGGUAAACAAUGGUUUAUGUUUCUUUCAGUAGUCCUUGAUAUAUAGCUCUGUCUUUAUAUGGCUGCUUUAUAGCACACUUUUAAGAUACUGUAGUAAUAACUACUUGACACAAGGAGAAACUGAAAAACAGAUCCUUCUAACUAAUCAGCUAUCCCAGCAAGAAGAUACCUGUGGAGAAACAGGCACAACACUAUCUUCUGUAUUUAAUACCCUAUUUCAACAUCUAACUCAGCCCCUGAAGACACUCUAAUGUAUGCUCAGAAGUCCAGUAAAGUACUAGUACAAGGGAAUAAAAGGGGCUUUUUCCACACUUGAAAGACUACAGGGAUGUUGUGAAGUUAUACAGGGAGAAAAUUAGAAGGGCCAAAGCCCAACUAGAGCUGAGCCUGGCUGCUACUGUAAAAGGCAACAAAAAUGUUUCUACAAAUACAUGAGCAACAAAAGGAGGGCUAAGGAGAACCUCCACGCUCUAGUGGAUACAGGGGUUCUUAGUGGGAAUCACCAAGUAAACCAAGGCACACAGGAAAGGAACUAACUUCAAUACCAGAGCAAUAGCUCCAUGACCAGGUAAAGGAGAAAUUGGCUUUGCUCUACAGCUAUAGCAGCUCAGGUCAGGAGUAACCAUAUUGAGGUUCUAACAGAAGAGCCCCAACAUUUGAUCUUUCCAUCCUCUUGCAUCACAAGAAACGUCUGAACAAAAGAGGGACCAGGCUUUGCUUUCCAGACCUCCUGAAGCUCUGUAUUUUUGAUAUUUCACAGUCGUGAUAUGUUUUUCCCUAGCAGCUGAAAGGAGGGUGCAGGCACAGAGAAAACAUGAAAGCAUAAAGCACAUUUGAAAAGUUUUACUCUAAACAGUUAACUAGUCCUGUCAAGAGAAUGGUUCUUCAAAUGCUUUUGAAAAUGUUUUCCUGUCAACUAGACAAGAACCUGCUGCCUAUAUGCAAGUGGUGCAUGCAUCCUUACAGUUCCACCUGAAAAGUUUGUGGGUGUAUAAAAUCAGAAAGAAUAAAAAAAUCGUAUUUAAUAGCA